GCUUAUAAGCGGAAACGGAAAGUAAAUAUUUCUGUUUUGAUGCAAAAGGAGGAGUUGCCAUGUGUAUACAUUGAUUAGUUUUUCUAUGUGAAGCAUGAAAAAAGAAAUAACAGAGAAAUUUUACUUCAAAUUCUAUUGAUCGGUAUAUGUAAAAUGUUUUCUGAAGUAUUAAGUCAUGGCAUUCCUCCAAAGGAUUGAAGAUGACUGUCAUGAGUUGGACACUUUACUGUCAUAUAUUUUAUGCGGCUUCUAACCAAACUAUUCCUGAUUGAAACUACUUUGCACAAUGACUGUCAAAGCAUUUGAUUUAGUUCCUGCUAUAGAACGAGUCUCAUGGACUGAUAAAGUGAAAACUGUGGUGGAAUGCUUAGAAAGUUGUGGCAAACAUUUGUAUAUUGGGACUCGAGAAUGCGUUGUUAUUCAUUAUAUGUUAGAAGAAAAGCAAUACCUUGAGGGAACAACAUUAUUUGAUUCUACAAAGCAGAAUCAAAAAUACCUGGAUAUUAAGAAACCAAUUACUUUGCUGAAAGCUUUGUCAGCUUUGAAUCGAAUUCUUUUGCUUUCUGAUGGAAAUCUUAUUGUGCUCAAUAUGUUUGAUUUAGAGGUUAUUCCGUCAAUGACUAAACUAAAAGGAGUUUCAUAUUUUUGCCUUAAUGAAAAUCCUGAAACUAAUAAUCCCUUUAGUGUGGAGGUAUGCAUCGCAAAGCGAAGGCAGUUACUCAUCUGUCAUGUAACCGAUGAUAAAAUUAUUCAACUGAGAGAUGUAAGUGUGCCUGAAACACCAGCUGCUAUGGCUAUGGAUGGGGAAUUUGCAUGCAUUGCUUUGUCAUCAAAAUAUGUAGUUGUGAAUACUGAAAGUGGAUAUGCUCAAGACCUCUUUCCUUAUGACAGCAGUACUACUACUCCUCUAGUCAAAAGAAUUACCAAAGAAGAAUUCCUCCUUGGAGGUCCCAGUGCCUUAGGUAUGUUUGUCACUACAGCUGGCAUAUCAGAAAGGCCUCCUCUGCAGUGGGGGGAGAAUGUAAUAUCAGUUGCAUAUUCUCAUCCAUACAUUAUUGUUCUUAGCUCAGAUUAUUUAACAGUUUAUAGUAUUUUGGAUCAACAACUGAAACAACGUCUCACUUUUCAUGGAGGAAGUUGUUUAGAUAAUUUUGAUGGUAAAAUGUAUGUUGCUUCAUCUGACAUUAUUUGUGCUCUUCUUCCUGUGCCUUGGGAAAAGCAGGUCCAAGCUCUUUUAAAUGAUAAAAAGGUGACAGAAGCACUGGAACUUGCAAAAUAUUCAAAUAGAGCUGGCUUAUCAAAAGAACAGUUUAGAAAUGUAUACCGACGCAUUCAACAGCAAGCAGGUUUUAUUGAGUUUUCUUUAUUGCAUUUUGAUGAGGCUAGAGAAUUAUUUCAUGAGGGGCAGCUAGAUGUCCGAGAGCUGAUAAGUUUAUAUCCUGACUUGCUUCCUGCUAGUUCUUCUUUUGUAAGAAUGAAUCCUCCACUGCACGAUAUUGGAAAUGUGAGUGAAAUGUGCUCUUUUGAAUCUGAUGCAAUUUUAUCCUGUCGAAAAUUUCUUCUUCAUUAUUUAGAAUCAAUUAGAAAUUCGAUGGAUGCAGCUGGUGCUAAGAUAGAAAUUGAUACUGCACUGCUGAAACUUUAUACUGAAAUGGACUACUCGGCUCUGUUAUCAUUCCUAAAUACCACUGAUAUUGGAUGUCAGCCAAAAGAAGGUGUUGAGGUGUUGCAUCGAUUUCAAAGAUAUCAUGCUUUAGCUUUGUUCCAUUUGAAAUUAGGAGAAAAUGAUUUGGCUCUCAGUAUUUGGUCAAAAAUAAUAAGUGGAGAAUAUUCUGAUCCUUUUUAUCCUGGAUUGGGGCAUUUUGUUGAAUUUUUAAGCAAACUUAGUGAUCAUUUACUGUUAUGGAAAUAUGUGGAUUUUGUUCUGGAGAGAGAUCAAAAAUUAGGAGUCAGAAUUUUCAUUGAGCGCCCACCAUCUGAAAUUUCAUCUGAGAGAUUAAGACCAGAUUUUAUUGUGGAAUAUCUACACAGGUUUCCAAUAGCCUUAAUAAAAUAUUUGGAGUACUUAGUUUUUGAUAAGAAAUUAGAGAAAGAAAAAUUUCAUACUCAUUUAGCUGUGAUGUAUAUGGAUAAUGUUCUCCAAAUACUGAAAUUACCUGAACCAGAGCAAACAUAUUUGAAUGAUGCCAGGAAGAAACUUCAACAUCUACUUCAUUCAUCCUCAUUGUACAGAGUCCAAUUACUUCUGGGGAAAGCUACAGAAAGUAACCUGCAUAAGGAAUGUGCUAUACUUUAUGGAAAGUUAGAGGAGCAUGAAAAAGCUUUAAAAAUUCUUGUGCAUCAGUUGCAAGAUCAUGCUGCUGCUGAAGAUUAUUGCAUACGAAUGUCUAAUGGUCGAGACAAAAAAUAUAGACAUAGACUAUUCUAUGCAUUGUUAAGUGUAUAUCUUGAUAGUACUUUAGAAGAGCAAAAAAGAGAAGAAAUGCUGCCAGCAGCUAUUCAGUUGUUAAACAGUGAACUAGCAGAAUUCGAUAUUUCUAAGGUUCUUCAACUCAUUCCAUCCGAUUGGUCAGUAGCUAUUUUAGAUCAAUUUUUGGUAAGAGCACUGCGUUCGAGCUUACACCAUCGGUAUUGCUGUAGACUACGAAGUGCUCUUUCACGAGGAGAAAAUUUACAAGUGAAAUUCUCAAAAAUACAUAUAGAAAAUACUUCUGUUGUUAUGACUGAAGACAGAAUUUGUGCUGUUUGCAAGCAUUCAUUUGUAGAACCAGCUUUUGCCAGACAUUCCAAUGCUGCAUUAACACAUCCACAAUGUGCCAAACAUCUCAAUAGUAUAGAUUUCCAAUCAAAAUCCCAAGACUUGAAUCCAUUUACAUCCGAUUCCAGUUUAAGCUGAUAAAAGAAAUAGUUAAUAUUUGGUUUGAUACAACAUAAAUAUUUCUACAGGUACCAUAAUGAUUAAUUUUCACAUGAAACAGGUGGUACUGCAAAAAUAAAAUCUAUGGAAUAUGUUUCCAAAUGAAUAAUCAUUACAUUUUUUUCCCUUCUAGUGGAUGCUCAAGAACAAUCGACUUGGAAGAAACAUGAGUGUCAUCUUUUUCAGUGUAAUUUUUUGUAAACAAGAAAUAGAUAAUUUAUAGUGCAAAUAUAUGUAUGAAUGUAUUUAUAUGUAUUAUUCAUAUAAAAUUAGCAAUCACUUUCCAAGAAAUAAUUUGCUGAACAUAAAUUAUAUAAUCACUUU